UGUCAUUAGUGUCAUUCUCACGGCGAAAUCAAGUCGAAAUCCACGAGAGCCAUGGCAGAUACUGCGGCUGAAAAUAUCCAGAACCUAAAUAUUAACGAAAAGUCGAAGACUAAAGCAAUGAAGGAAAAAAAGAAGAAAGCUGAAGAUUCUUCAGGAGUUUCAGAAUUGAAUCCUUGGCCAGAGUACAUUCAGAAGCGGAUCACUCUAUGGGACAAGUACAAAACCCAAUAUGCUGAGAAGUUGGCAUCAUUACCAGAAAUGAGUAUUGUAGUAACCUUGCCUGAUGGCAAAUCAGUGGAAGCUAGUGCUUGGAGAACUACCCCAUAUGAUGUGGCAAAAGGAAUUAGCCAGGGUCUGGCCGACUCCACAAUCAUUGCUCGGGUCAACAAUGAACUGUGGGACUUGGAUCGACCCUUGGAAGCUGACUGCAAGUUGGAACUGCUGCGUUGGGAUAACACAGACGCUCAAGCGGUGUUCUGGCACUCAUCUGCCCACAUGCUUGGGGAAGCAAUGGAAAGGGUAUAUGGAGGAUGUUUAUGCUAUGGACCACCAAUAGAAGAAGGUUUCUAUUACGAUAUGCAUCUUCCUGAGAAAGGCGUAUCCACCACUGACUAUCCUGUUUUGGAGACCUUAGCAAAGAAAAUAGCAAAGGAAAAGCAACCGUUUGAACGUUUGGAGCUGACUAAAGAGCAGCUCCUUGAAAUGUUUGAUUACAACCCGUUCAAAGUGCGAAUUCUCAAUGAAAAAGUCAAUACGCCCACUACUACCGUUUACAGAUGCGGAUCACUGAUAGACUUAUGCAGAGGGCCUCAUGUGAGGCACACUGGAAAAGUCAAGGCAUUGAAAGUUACCAAGAGCUCGUCCACGUAUUGGGAAGGUCGUGCCGAGGCGGAGAGCUUACAGCGAGUCUACGGUGUCUCCUUCCCCGAACCCAAACAACUCAAGGAGUGGGAGAUAGUUCAGGAGGAAGCUGCCAAGAGAGAUCAUAGGAAGAUCGGCAGGGAGCAAGAGUUAUUCUUCUUCCACGAGUUGUCCCCCGGGUCGUGCUUCUUCCAGCCGCGCGGCGCUCACAUAUACAACACGCUAGUCAACUUUAUAAGGGAACAGUACAGGGGCCGAGGUUUCCAAGAAGUUGUGACUCCGAAUAUGUACAACGCAAAGUUGUGGCAGACUUCAGGCCACUGGGCGCACUAUGCUGAAAACAUGUUCUCAUUCGACGUGGAAAAGGAGACAUUCGCGCUGAAGCCUAUGAACUGCCCGGGACACUGUUUGCUGUUCGACAAUCGCACUCGUUCUUGGCGCGAGCUGCCGCUUCGUCUCGCGGACUUCGGCGUUUUGCAUCGGAACGAGCUCAGUGGCGCCCUCACUGGCUUAACGCGAGUGCGGCGUUUCCAACAAGACGACGCACAUAUAUUCUGUGCCCCGCAACACAUUCACAAGGAGAUGUUGGGUUGCCUGGAGUUCUUGGACUGCGUAUACUCCACGUUCGGAUUUACGUUCCAAUUGAAGCUGUCCACUCGACCAGAGAAGUAUCUUGGUGACUUAGCCACCUGGGACCAGGCUGAGAAGGCAUUAGAAGAAUCCCUGAACCAGUUCGGUCGUCCUUGGCAACUGAACCCCGGCGACGGCGCCUUCUACGGCCCCAAGAUCGAUAUCACUAUACAGGACGCGUUGAGGCGAAGCCAUCAGUGCGCAACCAUUCAGCUCGACUUCCAGCUGCCCGAGAGAUUCAACCUCACAUAUGUUAGUGAGAGCGGUGACAAGAAACGUCCUGUGAUAAUUCAUCGCGCGGUUUUGGGAUCCGUGGAGAGAAUGGUGGCCAUCUUGAGUGAAUCUUACGCGGGAAAAUGGCCGCUGUGGCUGUCUCCGAGACAACUGUGCGUCGUUCCCGUAGGGCCUGCCUUCGAUCAAUACGCGAUACAGGUGAACAAGCAGUUAUUCGAAGCUGGUUUCAUGAGCGAAGUAGACACUGAUGCCGGCGAUACUCUCAACAAGAAGGUGCGGAACGCUCAACUGGCGCAGUUCAACUAUAUCCUCGUGGUAGGAGAACGAGAAAAGAACUCGGGAACAGUGAAUGUACGCACUCGAGACAACAAAGUUCACGGGGAGAUGUCCAUACCAGACCUGAUCGAACACCUCAACAAGCUGGUCAGAGAGAAAACACUCUCCGAAGACAGCCAACUACUGAAGUAGUGAGCUACAAAUGUUGGUGCCAACAUUGGCUAAACGAUGUGUAAUGUGCACGGAUCAAGAAUAUAAUAAAACCAUUUGUGAGUUUUUCCAUACAAAGUUCCACCCUACUUUGCAUCCCUUUAAAGGUUGAUUUCUAGGAUAUAAACUGCCCUAUGUCCUUUCUCGGGACUCAAACUAUCUUUUUGCCAAAUUUCAUCGAAAUCCGUGCAGCGGUUUAAGCGUGAAGUGGUACAUUUCAAACACGUGUCAGCAUAAGAAUGGAUAUACAAUUACCAAUGCUCAUGCCAAGUUUGAGUCCAAUAUGUCCGUUCACACAUCAUGGAAGAAUAGCAUUUGAGCCAACAUUGGUACCAACGUGUGGAACUGAGGUUAUAAUUUUGUGAAGUCCGGCUAGAUAAUUAGAACGCCCUGGAGGCGCCUCAAUCGCUUUAUUUUGCAAAAAUGCUAAAAAGUCCUAUUUAAAAUUAGUUCCGUUUGCUUAUAAUAUGGCAAGUUUUUCAAUUUUCUAGUCGGACUUUCAAGCCCAUUAUAAAUAAACGAAGAAUAAGUUUGAAUAAGUGAAUCCAUGUUUUGUGUCCGUCAUUGAAUUACAAAUGGUACAUAAGUGACAUGAACAAAACACAGUGUAAUU